GGGAGGCCGAGGAUUGCAUCCCGAGGAUCCCUGCUCCCGAGGCCGCUUCUCCCAUCCCUGCCGCUGCCAGGGGCAGGACGGGGGCAGCCCCGGGGUGCCCCUCGCCGCCGGUGCCGUUGUUGUGCGCUCCGGCCGCCGUUGCCCCAGUGACGCCGGUUUCCUUCCCCUCGGCCGGCUCCGCAGAGCCUCCCGGCGGCUCCACCUCCGCCGCCGUGACGUGACGGGGCUGUUGUUUGCUGCCGGGGCACGGGAAGCCAAGCUCGGGGUCCCGGAGCCAUCCCGGAGCCAUCCCGGAGCCAUCCCGGACGUGUCCGAGCCGCAGGAGCCGGCCCUGCCCCCGGGGAACCGGCAGCGAGUUCCCAAGAUGUCCCUCUGGAGCAUCGUCUCCCAUAUGCCACCGGAGGAAUUCAGUGGCCUCUUCACGGAGUUUCCCCGUAGCCUGCGCUGUGUCCUGGGUGACUGGCUGGAGAACCAGCCCUGGGAGUUCAUCAAUGGCUCGGAUGCCUUCUGCACCAGUGUGGCCAGUGGGAUGCUCUCGGCCAUGCUGGAGAAGCUCCGCAGCGCUGCCAGCAGCGAUGGGCAGCAGUGCCAGAUCCUCCAGCAAGUCAAUGGCAUCGAGAACAUGUACCGGCGGGACCCGCUGCGCCUGGUGUCUGUCCUGAGAGCAAUCCUGGAUGGGGAGAAAGCUGCUGUGCUCAAGAGGGACCAUCACCUCCCGCUCAGCUUCCACCGGCGGCAGGAGGAGCUCAAGUUCAAUGUGGGGCUGCAGCGGCUGCAGCAUCGUGUGCGCUGGAUCCAGGCACUGCGGGAUGGUCCCACAGCCUCUUCACAGGACCCACAGCUGAAGACAGAAGCAAAAGCCUCAGAGAGCGAGCUGCCCACCCUGAUCCUGGAGGCUGUGAAAGAGCUGGAGGUGGCCAAGCAGCAGGUGCUGAAGAGGAUCCAGAUCUGGAAGAGGCAGCAGCAGUUGGCAGGGAAUGGGGCUCAGUUUGAGGAGAACUUGGCUCCGCUGCAGAAGAGGUGCGAGAACCUGGUGGAGAUUCACUUCCAGCUGCAUCAACAAGUGAUGGGAGUGAGCACAGAGCAGGGGGCUGAGCUGGUGCCCAGGCUCCAGGAGCGGCUCAAUGAGGUCCUAUCCAGCCUGGUCAAGAGCUCCUUCCUGGUGGAGAAGCAGCCCCCACAGGUCCUCAAGACCCAAACCAAGUUCCAAGCCAGUGUCCGGUUCCUGCUGGGCCCAAGGCUGCUGAAGGCAUCGGCCAAGCCCUACAUGGUGAGGGCUGAAAUGGUGACAGAGAAGCAGGCGCGGGAGCUGGCGCUCAGCACCCACAGCAGCAGCCUCAGUGAGAGCACUGGGGAGAUCAUGCACAAUGUGGUGGCCCUGGAGACCAACCCCACCAGCGGGACCUGCUGCGCCAACUUCAAGAACGUGCUGCUGAAGAAGAUCAAGCGCUGCGAGCGGAAGGGAUCCGAGUCAGUAACAGAGGAGAAGUGUGCGGUCCUGUUCAGCACCUCUGUGGCCCUGAACGUCAGCAACCUCUCCAUCCACCUCCAGGUCCUGUCUCUGCCCAUCGUGGUCAUUGUCCACGGGAACCAGGACAACAAUGCCAAAGCCACGGUCCUGUGGGAUAACGCCUUCUCCGAGAUCGACCGGGUGCCCUUCGUGGUGGCCGAGCGGGUGCCUUGGGACAAGAUGUGUGACACGCUGAACCUGAAGUUCAUGGCCGAGGUGCAGACCACCAAAGGGCUCCUCAAGGAGCACUACUUCUUCCUGGCACAGAAGAUCUUUAAUGACUACAGUGCCAGCCUCGAGGACUUCCAGAGCCGCAACGUGUCCUGGGCCCAGUUCAAUAAGGAGAUCCUGCCCGGUCGGGGAUUCACCUUCUGGCAGUGGUUUGAUGGAGUCCUCGACCUCACCAAGAGGUGCCUCAAGAGUUACUGGUCUGAUAGGCUCAUCAUCGGCUUCAUCAGCAAGCAGUAUGUCUGCAAGCUCCUGAGCACGGAGCCCGAUGGGACCUUCCUGCUGCGCUUCAGCGACUCUGAGAUCGGGGGGGUCACCAUUGCCUACGUUAUCCGGGGCAAGGAUGGCUCCAGCCAGGUAGAGAACAUCCAACCCUUCUCAGCCAAGGACCUGUCCAUCCGCUCCCUUGGCGACCGCAUCCGGGACCUGGGGCAGCUCCGCAACCUCUACCCCAACACCCCCAAGGACCAGGCGUUCGGGAGCCACUACAACAAAGAGCACACAGGCAAGGACGGCCGCGGUUAUGUCUCCACCGCCAUCAAGAUGACAGUGGAAAGCGAAAGGGACCAGCAUCCCCAGAGCGCUGCAGGGACCGUCCCCGAGGCCCCCCCGGCUCCGAUGUUCAACCUGCCCAUGCUGCAGCCCGAGGGCCUGCAGCCAGUCCUCAGCUCCGUGUGCCCCCCCGCUCCCUUCUGCCCCCCACCCAUCCCCACGGGUUACCCUGCGGCUGAGAGCAACGUCAAUGUGAUGGUCACCAACAACCUCGGGUCCUCCUUUCCCAGCACAUCCCUGAUGCUUUCUCCAUCCCUGGCCAUGGAUCCACCGCUGCCUCGCUGUGAGGACCUUGCCUUCAGGAACCCAUUGCCCUUCAUGCCCAACCAAUAUAUGACUGGGGAGACCUCACAGAUGCUGUCGGGGGGGCCCUCACCGGAGCCACGGGAUGAGGAGAUGCUCGAGCUGGCCCCAUUGCCACUGAUGGGGGACCCACCGCUGCAAAGCACCCAGAGGUGGCUGUCCAGCAUGGACCAGCAGCCCUGCUCCGACCUGGACCAGUUCCUGCAGGAGAUGUCAGUGGAGGGGCCCCCCUUCCAGCCCCCCCCCCAGCACAGUGGGUACCCCAAUACCUCCUGCUGGGGCCUGGGGGAGUCCCGGUGGGAUGACAGCAUCCGACCGGGACACGCGUGAGGGGGAUGCUGGGGAGGGGACAUUGGACUGUCCCCCCCC